AUGACAAUAUUUCUGGGGUGUCCAUUCACCGACCCUUCUGGGUUAUGCACACGACCCAUUACCGACGGGUCACUGAGCCAAAUCCGACUGAUCGACGGAAAAAGAUGGAGACGGAGAGGACAAGAAAAACUGCAGUCGGUUUUAAUAAAAUCUUGGAUGUAUUCCGAGUUUAAGAAAAUCAUUAGUAGCAGUGGCAUUGCAUCUCAUGAUGAUUCGUUUAUUUUUAGCAGAAAUUCUAUUUUAAGUUUCGAAAUGAUAAUAUACAGCUAUCUUAACCAACAAUGGACAGACAGCAGAUUAAAACGAACAAACCAUCACACAGUUGUCUUGCAGGAUAGAACUGCAGUAUGGGUGCCAGAUGUUUACUGUUUAAACUGCAGAAAAUCAACAUUGAACUCUAAAGAAAACAGAGUUCUGUUAAGAGUGGAUCUUCAAGGAAAUAUUUACUACAGUCAAGCAGGAAUAUUUCAUGCUGCAUGCAAGUUCACAUUUGAAAAUUUUCCAUUUGAUGAACAAAACUGCAAAAUUCAGCUGUCAAGUUAUAGCUACAACAACAGCUACAUCAAAUAUAGGUGGUUGAAUGAAGUCUUGGUAAAAAAUCACAAUCUCGAUCAAUUUUUAGUGGAUGAGAAACCAGAAAUAACUUCAUUUGUUCGAAAUUAUUUGGCCGGUAAUUUUCUUCCUUUUUGA